CCGGUUUUGAGGAGAAUUUAUUAUUUCUGAAGGUAUAUAGUCAGUUGAAUUAUAUAUUAGAUUUAUACUAAGGUAAAUUAUAUUUCGUAUAUAGUACCUAUUGUAUAAAUAAUUUCCGAGUGUAUCUGAAAUAUAUAUUAUUAUAUUAUAAUAUAUUAUAUACAAAUAUAUUUUGUUUAUUAUUUAUUAUAUAAUUAUACGAAUUAUAAUUAACAUUGCUCACUAAAAAUUGAGAUGAGUUAUCACCAACCUCAAAAUACUUCUAACUCAAGCAAGAGUAAAGUGCUAGAUAAUGGUGUAAAUGCCAGUGCUAGUACUGUUUCAACUUCAAGUUCAUCUAACGCGUUUGCUGACCCAAGUAAUCAUCAACAUGGAAGUAGUACUAAUAAACCAUCUACUGAUUUAAUUAGUGAUGGAGAAAAUAUUUCAUUUACAGAAGUAGAAGCUCAAAGUAGACCUUCAAGCCUAGUAAUUAUACUAACCUUAGCAUCAUCCAUUUCAGGAUUUAUGUUUGGUUAUGAUACAGGUUAUAUUUCUUCAGCUUUAGUUCAAAUUGGUACUGAUUUAAGUAAUAAGGUUUUAACUUCAGGUGAAAAAGAAUUUAUUACAUCUGCUACUUCAUUAGGUGCUUUAAUCGGAUCAUUUAUGGGUGGUUUUUCUGCUAAUAUAUUAGGUAGAAAAAGAGUGUUAUUAGUUUCUAAUGUAAUAUUCGUAAUAGGAACUAUUAUUCAAUUAGCUGCAAAGACAGUAUGGACAAUGAUUAGUGGUAGAUUUGUUUUAGGUUUAGGUGUGGGCAUUGCAUCUUUAAUAGCUCCAUUAAUGUUAAGUGAGUUAUCACCUUCAAAAUAUAGAGGUAGAUUAAUUGUGACUAAUUGUGGAUUCAUCACUGGUGGUCAAUUAAUUGCUUAUUUAAUUAACUGGGGUUUAACCAGAGUAGAUCAUGGUUGGAGAAUAUCAGUCGGAUUAUGUAUGAUUCCUCCUGUCAUUCAAUUUGUUUUGUUUUGUUUCUUACCUGAUACUCCAAGAUAUUACGUUAUUAAUGGAAAAUACGAUAAGGCUAGAGAAGUUGUCAGAAAAACACAUAAUAAUCCUUCAGAAGCAUUUGUCAAUGCCACUGUAGAAGAUAUGAUUGCUUCUAAUUCUAUAGUUCCAGGUAAUGGACCAGCUCAACAAAUUUGGAACUCUGUUAAAUUAAUUCAUGUAAAUGCUGCUAACUUUAGAGCAUUGAUUAUUGCUUGUGGUUUACAAGGUAUUCAACAAUUUACAGGAUUUAAUUCAUUAAUGUAUUUCAGUGCCACUAUUUUUGAAACUAUUGGAUUUAAUAAUCCAACUGCAGUUUCUAUCAUUAUUGCUGCUACUAAUUUCGUCUUUACUGGUGUUGCUCUUUUAGUUAUCGAUACUGUUGGAAGAAGAAGAAUUUUAUUAUUGGCUAUCCCAGUUAUGACUAUUGCUAUGGUAGUUUGUGCUAUUGCAUUCCAUUACUUGGGAAUUAAGUUUACUGAUGGGUCUAAUGUUGUAGUUGAAACUACAGGAAUUUCUGGAUGGGGUAUUGUUGUUAUUAUGGGUAUGGUCUUAUUUGUAGCUUCAUAUGCUAUUGGUAUUGGUAAUAGUGCUUGGACUGGUGUAGAAUUAUUUUCUGAUGUUAAUGUCAGAUCUAUUGGUGCUAUGUAUUCAGCAGGUACCAAUUGGGCAGGAUCUAUGGUUAUUGCAUCUACAUUUUUAACUAUGUUGGAAAAUAUCACACCAACUGGUACAUUUGCAUUAUUCGGAGGAUUAUGUGUAAUAUCAUUCUUCUUUGUUUAUUUCUUAUUACCAGAAGUAUCUGGAUUAGAAUUGGAAGAAACUACUGAAUUCUUAGCCAAUGGAUUUAAUGUUAAACAAGCAUCUGCUUUAUCUAAGCAAAGAAAGAAGAAUUCUAAAUUUGUUAAGCAUAUUGACGAAGAUUUUUAAUGAACAAAAGUAGAGUCUCUUUUACAACAAGAAAAGUUAUGUUAAGUUGAUUUACAUUUUAUAUUUUACAUUUUACAUUUUACAUUUUACAUUUCACAU